UUAAUUCCUAUAAGUCUUUAUACAGAAAAUUGGAUUUCAUAAAGAAAUUCAUGACUGAUAGUCCAAACUUCCCAACUUAUUUUACUUGUUCCAUGCCAGAAAAUGUUGCCUCAGCCUUUUAAAAUGGUUUCAAUGCUUUUGCUAUAGGAUAUGCCCAUACCAGUUAUUGCUCAAGUUAAAGGUAUUCAAUUGUUAUCAACUAAUUUGAAAUAAACUAAAUACACAAAUAUAGUAUUUAAAUUGUAUACUCAGGCAUACCAUGCUCAAUGCUUUCUCGUAGCUAGCAUUUUCAACCUAAAAUGAAACAGCAAUUAUGGUUAAAUUUUAUUUUCUAGGUUUGGCCACGGCAGCUGGAUGUCAGCUCGUAGCAAGUUGUGAUUUGGCAGUGGCUGCGACAAACACACAUUUUGCAACACCUGGGUAAUGGCAUAUUAUGUAUUGUAGUACCACCACCACUAUCUACCAUGAUCAUCAUCAUUCACAAUACCAUAAUCACAACUACCACCAUCCUUGUGCACCCCCAUCACUAUCCGGUCUAUCCCCAUCACCACCACUGUCAUCAUCUCCACCACUAUCACCAUCAUCACCACCAUCAUCAUUAUCACUAUCACAGACCUGCCAAGUCUCACGAUUUAAUCGCGAGACUCACGAUUUUUUAUGCUUUCUCACGAUUAAGUCGGCCCCAAAUCUCACGAUUUUCGGCAAAAUCUCUGCUAAAACCACAAGUGAUUCCAAACACCUGUGGAAAAAAGAAAUAUGCUAUUAUUUCAUGAGACUUGACACUGGAAGCUACUGAAGCCUGCAUAAAGAAAAAAACAGCUUAUUUUUAAAAUAAGCCUUGCAUUACGGUUAUAUUAACAAAAUAUAAAUGCAUACUAUCCUAAGAUUGAAUAUCUAUUGAUUAUUUUCUAGUGUUGUUAAAGUUAACCCUGGUCAUAUUAAUGAGCAAACCUGAAAAUCAAAAUUUCUAAGUCUCACAAUUUUUCAGUCAAUCUCGCGACUUUUUAGAUAGCAACUCACUAUUUCUGCUACUCAAGGGUUGGCAGGUCUGCUAUCACCAUUAUCACCACCAUCAUCACAACCACCACCACCCACACCAUCAUAUCCUCAUGCACCCUCACCAUUACCCCAACCACUGUCAUCACCCCACCACCAUCAUCACAACCACCAUCAUCAUCAUCACCACCAUCAAUACUUACUAACUGUAUUGUAACACACCAGGGUGAACAUUGGUCUAUUCUGUUCAACACCAGCUGUCGCUCUUGGCAGGGCAGUCCCUCAUAAAAUAACGAUGGAAAUGUUGUUCACAGGGAAACCUAUUUCAGCUGAAGGUUGGUUGCUCAUAUAAAUUAGUUACCAGUGGUUGCCAGUUACCUCUGUAGUGUAAAAACUUGCUUGGUUAAAUUCUCUUCUAAUCAAAUGUCUUCGUUAAUGUUGCCGUCUUUAGAUGCGUUUCGUUACGGCUUGAUCAAUAAAGUUGUUCCAGAAGAUGACUUGGAAGAAGAGGUAUUUAAUAGACAAUACAGUUUGGAACUGAUAAAGCUAUCCACAAAGUAGUUUAGUUUUUAUUUCCUCCUGCAAUAACACUGGAUCAGUAAGAGAUUAUCUUUACUGUACCUCUAGGAAGAACAGUGUAGAACUGAUAGAGCUAUCCAAUAUAAAUAAAGUAGUUUAGUUUAGGUUUCCUCCUGUGGUGUAACACUGGAUCGAUAAGAGAUGAUCUUUACUGUAUACCUCCAGGAAGAACAGUUUAAAGUACCUCCAGUAUAAAUAAAGUAGUUUAGUUUAGGUUUCCUCCUGUGGUUCGAUAAGAGAUUAUCCUUACUGGAUCUCCAGGGAGAACAGUUUAGAAAUGAACCAAUAUAUAAGGAGAACGGUUUAGAACUAAUAGAGCUAUCCAGUGUAAAUAAAGCUUAGGUUUCUUGCUGUACUUACUACUAGCGACACUUAGGACACUACUGUUGGUAACGUAUUAAUUGGUCGAUAUUAUUUUUCCUCAUCUUCAGACAAUGAAGCUAGCAGAGCAAAUAUGUACAACCAGUCAGCCAGUGGUCGCUAUGGGCAAGAAAUGUUAUUAUAAACAGAUCACACAAGACAGAGACGAUGCUUACAGGUUGGAUAUACAGAGAUACAUCGAUAUCUUAGAUUCGAUCAAGUCUAGUUUGCCCUAACAAUAGAGCAGAAAGAAGUUGCUUGUGUUUCCCAUAGAAAUAAUAGAUGUUAUUUCUACGGUGUUUCCUCAGCUUAUGUUCAAUGUUUUGCUAGUUAAAAAGCGUGCUUGAUAAGAGGGCCCCCUAUACUUUUUGCGUGAAGCGUGAAGGGCUUGUUUUACUUAGCCGUGAAACGUGAUCAGGCCCCCUAUACUUUUUGCGUGAAGCGUGAAGGGCUUAUUUUACUUAGCCGUGAAACGUGAUCGAUGAUUUUCUUAAUCCGUGACUCGUGAAAAGGCAAAAUAUUUUUACGUGAAAGCAUAUUGUGAAGAGGUAUAGGGGGCCCUCUGAUAAGAGCAACCACAAAGUAUUCAAUGAGUUACGGAAUGAUCAACAUGAACUCCACCUUUGAAUUUACUAUACGAGUAAAUUCUUAAACACGUCCGAAUUUAUCAUUAUGAUUUUCAAGAUUUUCAAAAAAUAGUUUUUUAAAAAAGUUUAAAAAAAAUUUUAAAAGAGUUUUAAAAAGCAAAAAAUGUUUAAAAAGUUAGAUUUUCAAAAAAGUUUAAAAAGUUAGGGUUAGGGGUUAGUGGUUAGGGUUGGUGUUAGGUGCCGCGAAUUUAUUAUUAUGAUAAAUUCAAAAUGUGCCGCGAAUUUAUCAUAAUGAUAACUCAGAACAUUAAUACAGGGUUUGUAGUCUCCAAGACCAAAAAUAUUUAAAGGCUUUGAAAGAUUUUUUCUGCCUAUUUUAAAAUACCUUUGAGAACAAUCAGCUGUCGAAAAAUUGCGAGUGUUUUUACCGGGUAAUUAGUCCCGUCAAAUCACAUCCUAAAAUGCACCUUUUCGUCGAUAUUUGCGAAAAUCUUGCUUCGAUCAAUCUAUUUUAUUAGCUAGGAAAUCGUAUAAUCAAAUACUCACUAAAGAAUUUGAAGACUAUUAAAGACUUUCUUCGCUUUUUCACACAAUUCAAAGACUUUUCAAAGACCUUAAAGACCUGAAUUCAAAUUUAAAGAUUUUCAAGGAUUUUCAAAGACCGCUACGAACCCUGUAAUAGCUCAUUCACGAAUCCUCCCACCCCAAAAUCAAACAGUUGCUUUUCAAUUUUCAAAUUAUUGCCUUGUUUUUAUAUUGGUACAGGAUUGCAGGUCAAGUAAUGGUGGACAAUUUGAAGUUACAAGAUGGCAAUGAGGGAAUCAAGGCGUUUAUUGAGAAACGAAAACCUCAGUGGACUCACGCAGACGAUACGAACAAAUAAAUAUACAUAAAGUGUAUACACUUUUAUAAAUAUAUCAGUGUAAACGAAUCUUAAUUCAGAUUGAAAAUAUGAAAAUUAUACGUGUUGGCAGGUUGAAGGGAGCCAUAUGAAUAAAUUUGCUCAUGAGUAAUACUAAUUUUAGUGGUUGCAUUAUUUUACUCAAUUUUUUCAGUGAGAAACAAUGGGUAAUUCCAGCAUGGACGAAAUUUUGAUCUAGGCACGAAGAACGAAAUCCAACACCACAGCUAGAAAGAGCAUCAUAAAAUGAGUAAAACUGCAAAGAUUGGUUGCUAAAUGUUGUAAAAUGAAGAAAAUAUAGCCUUGUGAAGUUCUCAAAUUUGGUAUGUACUAUUUAAAGCACGCGUAGGAGUGUUCUAUCACAUAUAAAACACGACGCGUAGCGGAGUGUUUUAUAUGUGAUAAAACACGACUACAAGUGCUUUAAAUAGCUUCAAACACGACUCAUCUUAUACGAGUUCAUUGGCGAAGUAAUUUCUAAAAUAAACUUUGUCUAAACCGAGAAAAUCAAAGCUAAAGUUUAUGUAAAUUAACGUGAUUUUUUAUCACAUAUAAAACCACGCCACGCUUAUGAUUUUUCUUUGUGUUUUGC